CAAUGCCCGCCCACGGCGAAGGCAAAGACGAGGAUAAGAUAGAAACACGCCUUUUCAUCAACAAUGAAUUCGUCGAGUCGAUCAAAGGCCAGAAAUUCGAUGUUGUCAAUCCUUACAGUGAGGAGGUCAUCUGCUCGGUCUACGAAGCACUGCCAGAAGAUGUCGAUAGAGCUGUCGAAGCUGCCGAGGCUGCUCUACCUGCCUGGUCAGAGAUGGGUGCAUUUGCUCGAUCCGCCUACUACUAUAAGUUGGCAGAUCUGCUAGAAGCUUCAGGCCCAGAGCUGGCGGAAUUGGAGGCUAAAGAGACUGGCAAGAUUGCUGCCAUGUACCGUGAGUACGAUCUCCGGCUCUCGAUACAUAUCUUCGGAGCAAAAUUACUAAGACAAUUUGCUGGUCUUGCAUUGGACCUUCAAGGUGGCACUUCUUUGGCUACACCAGGUCAUGUCAAUAUGGUCAUCCGUCAGCCAUACGGUGUUUGUGGCGCGAUCGUGCCCUGGAAUAUCCCCGUCUUGGCUGUGGUAACCAAGAUGGCUCCAGCAUUGGUUACAGGAAACACGCUCGUGGUCAAGUCAUCUGAAAAGUCGCCUCUUACUGCUCUUGUGCUGGCGAGACUGGUCAAAGAGGCAGGCUUCCCACCUGGUGUCUUCAAUCUCCUAAGUGGAUUUGGAAAUCCUGCUGGUGCAGCCAUGGCGUCGCAUCUUCGCAUAUCCAAGAUCGGCUUCACAGGCUCUGGGAGGACUGGUCGUCUCAUCAAAGAGGCUGCAGCCAAAUCCAACCUCAAGAGAGUAUCUCUGGAGCUAGGUGGAAAGUCCCCACUCGUCGUCUUUGAAGACGCAGAUCUAGAACAAGCGGUCCCUAGCGCUGCUAUAAGCAUCCUGUAUAUGUCUGGACAGGUCUGCAUCGCAUCUUCCAGACUUUACGUUCAAUCGUCAAUUGCGGACGUGUUCCAGGAGAAGCUCACCGAGUGCAUCAAGGCAAUGUCUGCAAACCCACCCGAAGGAAUCAAUCCCCUCUCGCCCGAGGCCAAGCAUAGUCCUCAAGUUGACAAGGCGCAAUUCGAUAACAUCUUGCGAUAUCUCGAACUGGCCAAAGAGAGUGGUGGUGAGAUUGUCCUUGGAGGCAAGAAACAGACCGACAAGGGCUACUUCAUCGAACCCACGAUCGUCCGCAAUCCCGACCACAACAGUCGUAUCUCAAAGGAAGAGAUCUUUGGACCUGUACUUUGCUUCAACACGUUUGAAGACGAGGAUGAAGUCAUGCAGAGAGCCAACGAUACUGAGUACGGUCUGUUUGCGAGUGUGUAUACCAAAGACCUCUCGAGGGCUUUACGUAUCGCCAAAAGGUUCGAGAGCGGUAUGGUGGGUGUCAACACAACCUCUCCAAUGGCGAAUGCUCUUGAUAUGCCGUUUGGAGGAUGGAAGGCCUCGGGUGACGGAGUUGACCUCAGCAAGGCAGCCCUUGAUAUUUGGACACAGAUGAAGAGCAUCUACAUCAAGAUC